AUGGACGAAGACACUCUGAUGCAGGAUGGUCCCCAUGACAACUACCCAGAGCCAGAGGCCGCAAGCUCGACGCCAUAUCCGGCCCUUUCUGACAACGGACCGGCUCUGUACCUUCCGGAGAAUGGACUUCUCGACGGAGAGUCACCGCCUGUCACGACCCCACCCGCGACCUCCUCACAGUCAGCGGCAGGAAGUGGUUUCAGCACGCUUGCGGACUUCUACCAACUGGGCGAGAAGGCCUUGUUCAAUCUCAGCCAGCUGAACAAUAACGCUCGUGAAGGUCGACGCUGGGCCGACCCCACCUCUGGCAUUGUCUACGAUCGUGCUCCAGCGGAUCAACCUCGAUCCUUCACGACAGAUACUAGCCAUGCCGCUUCCAACAGGGGACCGCUUGCUCUUCCAGGUUUUCAUUUCCUCCCAGACAACGAUAGACUCGACAGCUUCACUCGCCAAGCGCAGCAACAUCCACCUUUCUCGUUGAUCAGUACCCGGAACUCACCACCGCCACCUCCUGUGCGCGCAAAGGGGCCCGGCCGACCUCGAGGCAGUGGUCGAGGUAGUGUUCGAGGAGGGUGGAAGAAAGCACUCAAAGGGACUGAACAUGAGGAUCUCUUCAAGAAGCCAAGGCUCACCCGAGAGGCCAUGGGGACGAGGAAGGCUCGGCCUCGGGGUAGAGGUAGAGGCAAGGCGAUUGCGGAUCCUGGCCACGAAUACAAGACUUUGCAAGCCCGAGCGACGACAGCAUAUCUUGACAAUGAUCUGGAAGCUGCUAAAGAGUACACCCUUGCUGCGCUCAAAGUCAACCCUGAGGUGUGGGCAUCAUAUUCACUGCUGUUCGAGAUUACGCAGAAGCAAGGACUAGAGAUCGAGUCUAUUCAGGUCCUUGCUUCGGGUGCGCCAGUGAAGCGAGAUCCCGAGACCUGGGUCGAGGUGGCCAACCGCUUGCGGGCAUUGAAGGGCGAGGACAUAUCAGAGGUCGAGCGGGAGUUUGUUCUGAAAUGCUACGAAGAAGCCAUCAAGCUCGAGGCCAACAACUUCAGCGCCCGACGUGCAAGGAUGCAGCUCUACUGUGAAGUGGGUUACUGGCACAAGGCCAGGAAGGAGUGCGCGACAAUACUAUCGCUACACCCCGAAAACCUGGAGAUCCUGUGGCAGUAUGCUAAGCUGUGCGAUACUUCUGGCUUGCUUGACGACAUACGUGGGGCGAUAGAUUUCUACCAGCGGGCUUUCUAUCUGCAAUCGAAUCAGCCCACGUUUGGACCGGCCGAGGAGCAGUGGGACCACCUCAACAUGUAUCUGGAGAUGGUCAUCAAGACUGGUCCCGCUUGGAAGGGCUUGCAGGAUCUCAAACGCAUCGCCAGAUGGUUCUUGGGCCGUCAUCGGGAGAGAUUCUGGGAGGAUGUCACUCAAGAUGAUCGAGAGUUCGACGAAGGACCCGAACGAAGGAUACUCUUACCUCAAGUGCAGUUAGGGCUUGCCAGCCAGGACAGUUCGCUCUAUGGCCUUGGUCUUCCAAUCGAGCUUCGUGUAAAGCUUGGGAUCUUUCGCCUGCAGAUGGGUAGCGAUUGCCACAGCGAGGCUUUCAGACAUUUCGAACCUCUCCGUCAAAUGAGCGACCCAGAAGACAUCGACAACCUUGCCGACCUUUUCUUGGACGUCGCGAACAACCUCCGAGCACGUUUCAUGUAUGGCGCAGCCGUUGAAUUCUACGACCGGCUCAAGCCAGUGUCGGGCAUGAUGAAGCGCGAAUACUGGAUGAGCUUCGCGCUAUGCUGCCGGGAGGUCGGACGCAACGACGAGGCAGAGGAAUGCUACAAGAAGGUCAUCAAUGCUGACGCGCAAGAGACCCAAGCCCGGAUCAAUCUCAUCAAGCUUUAUGAGUCGACCUCUCGAUCAUUGAAGGCUCUCCCUAUUGCCGACGAGCUCAUCGGGAUCGGUCGCACUGAAUCACUGAGGCAUGCCAACCUCUCCACAUAUGUCACGGCCUGCCGGCGCCUGAAGAAGAGAGAGCUAAAGCCAAAGCCAAGGAAGAUUUCGAACGCGCAAACGGACGCGGAAUACGAUCUUUUUGACGGUUCUGAUGACGAACAGGAAGUAACGGCAGAGAGCGUGAGACCGCCUUCUCCCCCACGGCCCAGCAGACCGCCCCAGAAGUUGAAGCCACUCGCAGCGAAACCGCUUAGGAAUCCGCUAUCUGAACAAGCCACUCCUCCUGUUCCUAUACAACCUACUUUCGGUGACGUCCCAGACUCGUCAGAAGAUGAAAGCGAAGACUCCCAAGAUGAGGACCAAGUCGAUGAAGUGAACCAUGCGGGCGAGAACAAUGACGAGGGAGGUAACGCUAUUGAGGGUGAGGCUGCACAGGGGCCUACAUUCGCGCGGCGAGGCAGAUACUUGGACUCGCUUCGAGAGCAGAAGGAACGGGUAGAGUCGAGGUACGCAAAACUUACAGAGUUGUGGCCCGAGGCAGACAAGAACCGCGGUCCGGCCAUUGCCCACGAGUGGAUACAGCAUGCCGCCGCGAUGGCGAAUGAGUUCAAGCUGAUCAAGGAGUUCUAUCCGAUGCGACACCGAGACAAGCUUUUCACAGGGCUCCGGACCGGUAUCGAUACCGAAUCAAGGGAGAUGGUGGCCGAGAUGACGGCAACGAGGAAGAAGCUGUUGGAGACUGCUGCCAGUCUUGGUCAAAUGGAUGGCACUGCGAUAUCUGCCAGUACUGCGGAGACGGAGUUCCACGGACUCACGUUUGCUGAGUGGCAUCGCAUCUUCUCGAACCUCGCCCUUCGAUACGCUCAAAGGUCGGACCAUCAACAAUGCUACCACAUCUUGAACAGUGUGCUCAAGCCAGCAAACGUUUUUCGGGAGGACCCGGAGUUGAGCAAGGCCACACUCUCCGUCAGCCUGUGCUGUGCUUUCAUGUUCAACGACACGCGAUUCGUCCUGGAACUAACGAAGCGUAUUGAACGAGUUCACGGCUCUGCGGCCACCACCCACCUCAUCGCAGCCUGCAGUAGGCUCGGCUACGGAGAAACGAGAUUCUACAGCAGGAAGACCCACAACUGGCUAUCCGCGGCUGUGGAUGAGCAGGAUUUCAUGUCCAUGCCGUCAGAAGCACGCGACCAGUACGAGUGGGAUAAGUACCGUAGCAAGCUGGACAAGAAGCUGGAAGCAGCUAGUGAUGCGCAGCCAGCAAUUGAUGCAGGCGUGCUGACGACUUACGCCCACACGAUCGGCCACAGUUCGUACGGCGAAGCGAGCAUCGCGGCACUGCCGUACCUCCUUCGCGCUCUCGCCAUUGAGCCGGAGAACGUGGUCAUCAACCUCAGCAUCUCGACUGUAUACGGAGCUCAUGCCGCGCGGAAAGGGUUGAGCACUAGUCACUACGAAGUGGCGCAAGCUCUGGCUUUCCUCCAUCGCUACUACGAUCUUCGUGUAGCAAGUGGGAAGGUUGGCCAUAUUCAGGAGGCAGAGUACAACAUGGCGCGCAUGUGGCAUCUGCUCAAGAUGACGCAUUUGGCGGUGCCCGCUUAUGAGAAAGUGUUGGAGCUGAGUUCGCAGGUGCAGAGAGAGGCGAAAGGAGGGGAGCGUGAUGAGGCGGAAAACUAUGCGCGCGAAGCGGCGUUGGCAUUGAAGAGCAUGUACGCUGCGGUUGGCAACGACGCUGCUGCACGCACGCUUACUGAGGCGUGGUUAGUCUUGUGA